CUGGUGCUCGAGGACCUCUGCGCGGUCGGCUACCGCUCUGGUGACCGCAACACUGGGAUGGACCUGGACCACUGUAGACUGGCGCUGCGCGAGCUCGCUCACCUCCACGCGCUGGGCAUCGUCAUGCGCCGCCUGCGUCCCGAGGUGUUCUCCGGCAGGGCCUUCCAGGAGACGUGCCACCACUUCAUGCACGACAGGAUGGACGUGUAUAAGGAGGAGAUGCGCACGUUGGAGGACACCGUAGUGAAGCAGGUGCUAGAGGAGGUGCCCGAGGUGCUCACCUUGCUGGACGAGAACGCGUUGCGCAAGGGGAUUGGCACGCUCUCGAGCAGGGACACCACGCACCGGAAGGAGCCCUUCUACACCGUGGUGCACAAUGACUUCUGGGUCAACAACAUGAUGUUCGCGUACGACGACACGAUCGGCCGGCCCGAGCGCCUCAAGAUGGUCGACUUUCAGAUCACAGAGAUCGGCUCGCCAGUGCGGGACCUGCUCUUCUUCAUCUACUCCAGCGCCGACUCGGACGCUCUGGCCCGCGUCGACGACCUAAUGAGGGAGUACCACGCCGAGCUGGAGCGCUACGUCCGGCUCCACGGCCUCGACGGUGACGACCUCGGCUGGACCGCGUUCCAGCGGGAGCUUGAGGCCGUGGCGCCCGACGCAAUGGGCCAGCUCAUGCUCAUGACGUCCAUCAUUCGAGCCCAGAACAAGGUGGAGAAGACCGACAACGACGACGACACCUUCGCCAGGCUCGGCGUGAGCGCGCCUGCCAAGACGCGCUACCUAGAGAUCGUCAGGGACUUUGCAAAGAAGGGCUGGGUCCGGACGGUAUGGUACGGUACUGGUUACCGGAAGAACUCCGACCCUGCCCGCGGAUCUGACCGUUGCUGCCGGUGACCAAUGGACUGCCUUUAAAAAUACAUCAGACUUUUGCAUUUGUAUUUCCAUAAUGAAUUGUAAUUUUGUUAUAAAAAAUAAAGAAAAUCUUAAGAAAAUGUAGCGUAAUUU